UUCAUAUAUGCUCUUCAUUUUUCCUUUAUCUACAAUCACUGUUUUUUGUUUCUGGGACGUGGAUCUUUUUUUAUGUGACGGAUUUCAUUCGGGACGAUUUUCUCCAGGGUUUUUUUGUCCGUCUGCGGCCGAUGUGAAGGAUUUUCUGCUGCGUCUGUGCGCGUGCGACCGUGUGUGAACCAUGCCUCGCUCAUUUCUUGUGAAGAAAAUUAAACUGGAUGAUUUUUCCUCAUCUCCCGUAUCAGCGUCUAAUCAUCAUCACCAUCAUCAUCAUCCCGAUGACUCCUUUACACGUUCUCGCUCAAACCUGGGCGUCCGACUCUGUGAAAAUGGCUACAUCCAAGAUUACAUCAGCUCUUCUGAGUACACAGAGGAGAAGCAGGCCGACAUGAAACCGAGCUCGGAUCCGCUGUACUCCCCCGUCAGCAGCGGAGGUGGGGAGUACUGCCAACCGGACCUGGAGCACCCGGACAGCCCUCAGUCUGGCCUCACGGCCCGCGGAUACUUCAGCAGCGAGAGCGAAUCUCUCAGCGAGGGUUACACCAUGGAUGCGUUCUUCAUAUCUGACGGCCGCUCGAGGAGGAAGGGCGAGGUCGCGGAAACGAAAAACGUUGAAGCAGAGGAGAAAGAAGUGGCCGGGGCGAACAACGGAGGUCCAAGACACACCUGCAACGAGUGUGGAAAGACCUACGCCACUUCAUCCAACCUGAGCAGACACAAGCAGACCCACCGCAGCCUCGACAGCAAGAUGGCGCGCAAGUGUCCCACCUGCGACAAGGUUUACGUGUCCAUGCCGGCGCUGGCCAUGCACAUCCUCACUCACGACCUCAAGCACAAAUGCCACGUGUGUAGUAAAGCCUUCAGUCGGCCCUGGCUGCUGCAGGGGCACAUGCGAUCGCAUACGGGAGAAAAACCCUUCGCCUGCGCCCACUGCGGGAAAGCCUUCGCCGACCGAUCCAACCUACGAGCGCACAUGCAGACACAUUCGGCCUUCAAACACUACAGCUGCAAGCGCUGCAAUAAGACCUUCGCGCUCAAGUCCUACCUGAACAAGCACUACGAGUCCGCCUGCUUCAGAGGAUCCGGAGAUGAGGACGAGUCUGGCUCCGAGAAUUAACAAGAGAAAAGAUGAAGAUGAGUUAACGCUCUCAAAAAUCCCCCACAGA